GGGACCUUACCGGUCGAACCCCCCUCGUCUACCUCCUCUGUUUUUUCGGUUUUGAGGCGACGGCUUCUGAGGCUUCAUUCGGCCUACUCUAGGCGGUACCGCCUUACCCCAUGCAUAGUCAUAAGAAGAGAGAAGCACGUCGGUCGCUCUCAGUUUCGAACCCUAACCCCAGCAACCCCUCCUUCUCUCUCUCUCUCUCUCUCUCUGAAGUCUGAACCAUGAGUUUCCGUCGAGCGCUCGCCGGAAUGCUUCACACUGUAGCCUGCCGUCAUGAUCCGCGGGCGCGCCUACUUCCGCAUCUUACCAUCCUGCGUUCCUCUUACGUAGCUUGUAACGAGGCUAGUAUUCCCCAUUCUGGCGAGGGACAGCCGGUUGUUUCUGGUUCGGCGCCGAAAGAAGUGCACGGCGGCUUCUCUAUGGAUGAUUCUUCAAAGAGCCAAGGGCUCACAAGCCCCCUGGAAGGUGAGAAGCAAGUGUCUUUCUCGUUGUCCGAUUCUGAUAAGAAGAUGGAGUUUCCCGGCGCUCCCGCGCAGGACAGGGUUCGAGUUGACGAGAAAGAAUAUCCACGGCCGGCGGAAAUCCCGUGGCAGGAAAAGGUUGCGAACUCGGUGAAUCUAAUCGGCCGCGUGGGGUUGCCAGUCCAUCUCGAGACGUUUCCUGAUGGCUCUGCGUACGCCAUUGCCAUCCUCGAGCAGAAAAAGACUCCAAACUUUCCUCAACUGUGGAUACCUGUGAUUUUUCAAGGUGACUUGGCAGGAAUUGCGGCUUGCCAUCUUAAGGAAGAUGAUCGCAUCCAUAUCUCUGGGCAGCUUAGUGCAGAUUCACCACAAAUUGUUAUGGAAGAUCGCGUAUCUACUCUUCAUGUGAUGGCACAGAGUCUGAGCUUUAUACAGGAAAAACCUGAAGGGGGAAAGACUGAGCCAUUGCAUAAAAGACUACCUCAUGCUACUCACUUGGCUGAGAAGAGUAGUAUUCGAGGAUUGAAGAUUUCUGAAAGUCAUUGGGAUGACUUCCUUACAAAUCCUCAUAACUGGUGGGAUACACGACACGACAAGGUUAAUCCUAGAAGACCUGACUUUGUACAUAAAGAAUAUAAUCUAGUGCUUUGGCUUGGACAAUCAACACCGUCCCAGGUUCUUUUAUCUCUUAAAGACUCUGCUUUCUGCCAGAAACUGGAGCAAUUAGACACAGACAAGCAGACGGGCUCUAUUUUUGGUAAUAAGCUGUGGGAGGACCUUCUUUCAAAUCCUGGUAACUGGAUAGACGGGAGAAACAGCAAGACAAAGACCAAUCAGCCAGACUUCAAACACAGAAUAUCUGGACGUGCACUUUGGAUUGGUGAAACCACACCACCAUCAGUUACGUUAGCUCUGGACUCUCCUGAUUUUUGCGAAAAGUUAAUAAAAUGGAAAACAGUCCAAAAUGAAACAAAGGUAGGCACUGAGGAUUCCUGGAAGGACUUGAUUGAUAACCCAGAUAGGUGGUGGGACAACAGAUUGACAAAGGCAAAUCCUAGAGCACCAGAUUUCAAGCACAAAGAGAGUGGCGAAGCACUGUGGCUUGGUAGUUCCCCAGACUGGGCAAGAUCAAAGUUAACACUUGACAGUGCCGUAGAAGAUAACUCUUUCUAGCAGUGUUGCAGAUUCACCCAGGUGGGGAAAGGGUCUUUUGUAGUCCAAGCUUUUGAUCUCCGCCGUUCUUGGGUUACAGUGGGCAACCGCUUCUUCUGGUUUUACUGAAAUGGAGAAGAGAAAUUCCAGAACAUGUUGCACCACUCUGUAAAUGUGAUACGUGGAUGGUUGGUGCUGGAACUGUUGAAGUUGUCCAAAGUAUCCUACCAGCAUCUGGUCCAGCGUUUGAGCCUAGCUUCCUCUUUUUUGCAAUUGACUACCAGUCAACUUUGUACGGAAGCAUGAAGGCUGCCCAGAUGUAAAGCUAUUGUUAUUGUCAGACGGGGUCUUGUUAGAAGUUUUUGGAAAUUCGUACCUGUAGACCAUAUCCAUGUGCACAUUGCGUCCCUCAAUUUGUGUCCUCUUACGAGGUUAAUAUCCGAUGGCUGGCACGCGCAAGGGGAAGCUACUAAAUUCAAGAUGAUUGAGUUCAGCAGGCUUAUAUAUAGAUUUAACGUGCUUUAGGCAUUCUC